UUUCCCUCCCUCACAUUGUUGUUCCGAGGACGCCGAGAGCUAUUGAAAGACUGCCCCACGGGAGCAGUUCUUAACUUUCUUAUUCCCCCUGGACUUAACGUCAUUCCCUGUAGUUCUGCCGAACUCCCGUUGUUCUUUUUCUCCCCCUUCACCCCCCCUCCGAUCUCCCCACCUUCAGUGUUCUGAUUAUCUUGUCGUAAGGUUAUCACUUGUAUUUACUUUCUUCGAGUGGUCUCUGCUUUUGUCUCCCUCCUGUGUUGAUUCAAUCCAAUCCCGGUCUUGACAAGGUGUGAUUGUGCGUUUCUGGUGUCGGCCAUUCUCACCUGGGUUCGGCUUACGCACGGUUCGCCAUGUCCGUAACAAUCCACUUGGACCGACCUCACAAGCACUUCACUAACCUCGACUUCCUCGUCGGGAAAGUGGUGCUCAACCUACCUUCCGAGGCUGCCAUAGGAGGAAUUCAGGUGAAGCUGGAAGGCGAGAGCCGUACGCGUCUGUCGGGUCCACGAAACCCGCAUCAUGAACAAUCAGACAAGAAGCGGACGGAGAUCGAGGUCCAUAAGAUCUUGUAUAAGGUUGCUACAGUCUUCCCCACUCCCGAGGUCUUCAAUUCGAAAACCCCCGAGAGGGUCUAUACAUUCGCAAAGGGAACAUACGAGUAUCCCUUUAAGUUCAAGUUUCCGUUCAACAAUGCCUGCAACUUCCAUAACAGCAUGCUCACCAACCUCAAUAUCACCGGCCUUAAAGUGGAGGUGGCUAAGGAUACCCAUCGACAUGUGAAGAAGACGCUUCCACCAUCUCUCAGCGGCUUCCCUGGAAUGGCCGACAUCAAGUACUACAUCAAAGCCACGGUUAUACGUCCACAGUUCUAUAAGGAGAAUAUCAGGGCGGUCACGAACUUGAAUUUCCUUCCGAUCGAGCCUCCACGAACAGGAAACCCGAGCGAAGAGACAUACGCCAGGCGGCAACAUCAAUUUUCAAAUGCCCCUCCCGUGUCCAAGAAGAAAAGCCUCUUUCGGAAAAUGUCAAGCAGUUCCCUUCGAGAAAGCGCCAUUGACGGACCCCGUGUCUCGGCAGAUCUAAGAUUACCCAAUCCGUCGAUAUUCACGUGCAACGAGCCCAUACCUAUGCGGGUCAUCGUCAAGAAACUGUCCGACUCGUACGAGACCAUCUUUCUACAGAUGUUACAGGUCGAAUUGAUCUCCUACACACACAUCCUCGCCCACGAUCUCAAGCGGACUGAGAGUGGCACCUGGGUCAUUUUAAGCUGCAGUAACAUGGCUAUGCCCUUGGGCAGAGGGGGAGAUCCUGCUGAGACCGAAUGGACCUUGGAUGCUAACAUGUGGAAUCGCAUACCGCUACCCAGCACUGUCGCCCCAUCAUUCGAAACUUGUAACAUUUCCAGGACCUAUGAGCUUGAAGUCCGCGUGGGGCUUACGCAUGGAUCAGUGGGAAACAUGAAACCUCAACUUAUUGUACUUCCGUUGCGCAUGCCUGUCAAGGUCUUUUCGGGCAUCGCGCCCCCACAGGCACUCUUGGAAGCCAUGGCUGCCAAUGGGCUUGACAAUCCGUCUGUGUCUACCUCCAGUCAGCCUCUGCAUGAUGGCUUGCCUCCACCGAUGCCUCCUCGGCCGUCCCGGCCACCUGCGCCAAGGAAUCCGGAAGAUGGAUACGACGAUGCACCCCCAAGCUACGAAGACGCGAUGGCUGAUACUCUCAGCCCAAUUGAUGGCCCCCGUCGAGAGUAUAACCCACCAAGUGCCUCCUCCGAAAGAUCGUUUGAAUCUGGGGCUGAUGCAAGAUCUUCAGUUGGAAAGGAACCUGAGGCUUCGAGACCGUACGGCAACCAAGGGGCCAAUUCUUCUUCGGAAACCCUCGACAUGCUGCCUUCAACCCCUCCAGAGUCGCGGUCCGGCUCGCCCGUCUCUCUUGUUUCCCGCCAACAAAGCGUACUCAAGAUACACAAGGCCGUUCCACUAGAGGAGAGCCCUCCACAGUAUCAGGCAACAGCGGACAAUCCAACCCAGCCGCCUGGGAACCAGGGCAAUCGCAGGCCAUCUCGGCCAGAGCCUCGCGCUAUGAAUCUGGGAGUUCCUAACCGGAAACCGGUCCCUCGUAGUCCAAGUCGGGAUGUCUAGCGCCUAUUGUCCCGUAGCUACCUUCACUUCUCUACCUUUAGGACGAGGGUAUCACGUUUCUGUGCAUGAUUUUGGAACUAUAUCCACCUCUUCAAAAAUGACUUCCGGGCUCGCAGCACUGUUAUAUCUCGCUGCCGGCCUUCUAAUACACAUUUAUUGCACUCUGCCCGCCGUUUCCUUGGUACUAGAUCUCCGAUGUGACUAAAGGUACAGCAAGCACAUACAGUCUAUACAGUGAAAUUAUCUCUAUCGCUUUAGGCC